AUGCUAAUGGAAAGCGACCUAUACUUCCUCCAAACCAGUGAUUCUUCCUCGUUAACCCGCCGGAUGUGGCGUGACCUUACGCUGUUUGGCAGAUUCUAUCGCAGUGGUCACAACAGCUCAAGUCCUCGGUCAAUCCCAACGCCAGUGGCCCCGCAGAGACUGACAUUGCCGCCUGUGCAACAACCGCCUGAAUUGGUCUCUUCGAAGCAUGCAAACCAAGUGGCACGGCCUGUCUCUAACAGGCAAGCAAUCCAACAAUAUGCCUAUGUCCCACCGGAGACCCCUCAAUUCAAGGUACCUCGUCUUUCGAGAGCGCAGGCCGCUCCGCAACAGUUCAAACGAACCCAGCCUUCCGGCAAUAACUCGGACCCUGGGCCUUCAGAGGUGUCUCAUUGGGCCCAAGGCAACAGCACGAACAUAGCGGUGCAACAGAGGCAACACAACUACCAACAGCCACUGCAAUACACUGCAAGCAUGCAACGCGGGCCGCAGUUCAAGCCUGCGGUAAACGAAGGCCGAGGGGCAGGUCCGUCCCAUCAGCGAAAUAUAGGGACAAUGGGUCCACCGCCGACCCCUAGGCCUGGGUUCGGAGCGAGUGCCAAUGGCCUUUCGACAGCUAGUGAACGAUUCGUUCCACCCACGCCUGCGUCGGCAAUGAAAGCUGGAGAAGUGCCCGGACAACAACAACAGCAACAGCGGCGAUUCUUCCCUCCACCCAGCGUGAACCAGUUAGCCAAGCCGUCUGGUGGCGCAGGGACUGUAAGCAGGUCUCAGCAACAAUGCCCUUCGAAUUCUACAGGGUCAAGAGAUGUAUCGUUGAAUGUCAAUAGUGCGGGAACGGGUGGUCAGAGAGUUCCUUUUCUUCCUGGAGGAAACAAACCGGCAACGAGCUCCCGAAGUACUUCCCAGUUCCAGUGA